GGUUUUGGAUGAACGAUAUGAUGUCUUCAAUGAAUUCUUCUAGCUACUUUGAAAGCUUUUCAGAUUCCACAAUGAACGAACCCAACAAUCGAUUUGUUGGAUCAAGACCAGCGACAUCAGGAUCAUUCAAUAAAGAAGGAACUCCGACAACUCCAAAUCUAUUUUCAUUGUCUAAUUCGGAAGAGCGAAUUUCUCAAUUCACACUGCCAAACUAUGUAGAACAGCCAACUUCAUCGAUAAAUCAACAAACUGGAAGAGUGGUGAAAAAAGCUCAAGGAGAGGUUGACCUGAGUGGAGAAGAGCUUAUGCCAUUUCUAUAUAAAGCUGCUGAAAGGCUCCGAGAGAUGAAGGAUAAACAGACAAAAGCUGAAGGCAUUAAGUUAAGAUUUGGCUCUCUGGCAAAAUUAAUCAGUGAAGAAAAAUUAUCAGAUGAACUUAUAAAAAGUCUGAAUUAUGUAGUUGAUUCUCUUGAAUUUGAGAAAUAUCAAGAAGCGAUGAACUACUAUGAUCAAUUUUGCAAGAAAAUUCCAAAUGAAAUAGCAAAAAGUUGGUAUUGGCUGUCAUCUCUCAAAAUGUUGAUAAAUGAAUUAAAUGUUUCGAGGAGAGGCGGAUCUGCUGGAUCACAUCUUAGGAGCUUAUAGAACAUUUAUUCGUUUGUCUUUUAAAUUUAUGUAAAUAAUGCCAUUUUCCACUAAUUAUUUCCCAAAUUCCUCAACUUGUUGCCGUAUUUAACUUUUAUUUCGAAUAUUUUAGGCCAGAAAGGGUAUUUGUUAUUUCGCAUGGUUUCUCAGAACAAUAAUAAAUGUGAAUCAGGUUUC